UUCCAGUUGAUAAUAUCUCUGAGCUAUGAGUCUCACAUUGGAGUCAUCACCGUUCUGUUCAGUAAGCGAACGCAAAAAGGAAUCAAUCAGAUCAACAGACGCUCGCGCCAGUUUCAUCGAAACGUCUUUUUUUUUUUCUUCUCCUAUUUUCCCAGAACUUCAAAACAAACAAAAAAAAAAAAAACUAGGGUUUAGUAUAUCAGUAACCGCCAACUAAUACCAAUUUAUUAUUUUUCUAUUAAAGAUAUUAAUUCGUUAGAAGCUUUAUUUUCUUUAGGAUUAUAAUUUCUCUUUCAAGUUUAACAAACAGAAAUGCUAGGUGAUGGAGAAGAUACUCCUUCCAGGUAUGAAUUGUUGAGUAUGGUAAAGAAGCACUCGACUUUAUUAGGCAAAAGUACUGAGGUGGAUGAUGCUACAGAUGUAGAAAUGGAUGGGCAUUUUUGGUAUGAUAUGUUGGAUUUAUAUUUUAUCCGUGGUAGGGAAUCAAGAGGAAGGCAGGAUGAUGAUCUCGUUUUUUUUGUCAAAAAAAUGGGCACGGAAGGAUAUGGUUUUAAUGAUAAUAUGCAGGGUGUUUCUCCUUACUUUGUACGCAGGUGGGCACCUAAGUUGGAGAGUUUGAUCAGUGACAAUUCAGAGGUGGAUUGGAGGCGCUCAUUUUACUUGAAUUUAAUUGCACAUACUUCAUUCUCAGUAACAGUAGCAAUUUGCAGUCAUCAGGCCCUUCGUAAUCAUCAAGCUGGGCCAAAUACACGAUUGUCUCCCAUAUACAAGGUUGUGAAGACAGUUUAUGCAUCAGCAAGUCGUGUAAAUUUUCACUUAGACUCAAAAAAGGAAGUAGAGACAACUCCUGCAUAUCCAGAUAUAUGUUUUGCUGUUGAUGAUUUCGACUCCACUUUUGAUGCAGUGGUCCUAACAGAAAAAGAUCAUUGCUAUUGUGUACUUCUCAAUGCACAUGGUGGCGCAGCAUUUCCUUGUGAAAGAGAGUCACCUGAUAGCAGUUCCAAUAGUGUUUCCCCUGUGGAGGUUGAUACUAGUUCUGGAAAGACAAAGAAUUCUAAGCUCACUCUUUUCUCUGGGUUUGUAAGCUAUCAAAUGGUUCGAGAAGCAUAUGAUGCUGGAAAAUCUCGAUUUGGAAGUCUCCUUUCAUUAGGCCAUUCCCCUGGCAAAACUGAUAAGCUAUACAUGAAGGGUCCCGGAGGACGAGGGGAGGUUGAAGUUGCUGUUUCUGGGGUUGCAGAUCAAAGCCAGCAGGAUUUUGGCCCCUUUUCACCAGUUACAUCAAAGAGAGGAUUUGGGAUUGGCUCAAUUGUUCGAAAAGCUGCAUCUGUUGCAUCUGUGGCAGCAAAGCAUGCCUAUGCAGCUGCUGCUGCCUCCACAAGCUCUGAUGAGGAAAUGGUGCCUCUUAAAUGCUGCUUGAUGGCUGUAUCAUUGCCGUGGGAACAUAUUGCAUAUGAUCUUCUGUUUAAAGGAAGUCCUCCAGUGAAUUUGUGAACCUCUUCUCAUCUAUCGUUCAAAACUGCAACACAGAUGGGUCUUACCUGCAAAGAAAGUGUGGAAGAAACGAUAUUAUUAUUGGAAAGUCAUAUGAAGGUUAAGCCUUUGCAGGUGUUGACAUGUAAACAAAACUGUACAUGAAAUUUCUCUCUCACACACUCUAUAUCUGCUUUUUCGGUAUUGCUUCGAGUCUUUCAGAGCUCUUUGGGAAAAAUAUUGUAUAUUAUCCAUAACAAAAUCCGUGAAUAUAAUAAUAGUUCAUUGGUGCCAGGUUGUAGGCACAUUUAUCUUC